AUGCCGGUUCCUAACAAGAUUAAAAUAUUUGAUUGGCGUGCUUGCAAAGAUGGACUGCCAACUAAGACAAAUUUAUUAUCAAAACAUGUUCCUAUUGAUGGAACUUGUAGUUUUUGCAACGAAAAAGAAGAAGGAGCUUGUCAUGCUUUGGUGGGCUGUAAGUUCUUAGGAGAAACUUGGCUGAAAGUUUUACCUAGACUGGAUAUUGGAGCUUCUUCAAAUGUUUUUUAUAUGGCUCUUAAGUUUUGCAUGGCCAAACUUUGGGAUAAUUUAUCUAUCUUCUUCACUGUGGCGUGGGGAAUUUGGUACAAGAGAAAUAAAUUUUUUCAUGAUCAAAUUGUUGUUUCUCCUCACAAUGCAACUGAACAUGCUUUAUCUUUACUGAAGAAUUAUAAAGUUGUGUAUAAGAAGAAUAGACGGCAAGUGCAAGACUUCUAUCAAUGGAAGGUACCUCAAGAAGACUUUCUAAAGCUGAACGUGGAUGGAUCAUUAUGUGUAGAAGCUCGAAAAGCAGGAGCUAGAGCCAUAUUGCGAGAUAGAACGAGAAGAACAUUGCUGGCAGCAUCUAUACUAGAAUCGGAUGUUGAAGAAGUUGAGCACAUUGAAUUAUUAGUUAUUUUUCGUGGACUGCAACUAUGUGCAGGUAUGAGAAUUCAUCAUAUUCAAGUGGAAAGUGACUGUCUCAUGGUGAUUGAAGCUUUAAAUCAAGAAAGUAUGUCCAAUUCAUUGUAUGGUGAGAUUUAUCAUGAGAUUAAACAGUUGUCUUCUUUAUUUGGAGAAUGCUUGUUUACACAUGUUUAUAGGGAAGCUAAUAUGACUGCUCAUUUAUUAGCUCAAUGUGGUAGACAGGUUGAAAGUAUCACCACGUGGUGGGAUUGUAUUCCAGAUUUUUUAUCUCAAAUCUAA